UCAAUCACUUGUUCUCACAUACUAGUACAAGGGUUCAACUGCCUCAACUUCCGCUGCACUACUCCAAGUCUCAAGUCUCUACAAGCUGGGACUUAGUCUCUGCAAAAGAUCCUAAGGGCUUUUUCUCAGCCCAACAGAUGUCACACCCUAGAUAAUCAGCAAAAAAUGUGCUGCUUAAUCUUCUGUAAUGAUAAGGGUUUCGAGUCACAUUAGAUGCUUCCAGGGAUCCUCCACAAACAUCGGAGAGAAAAACGCUUCCGGCUGGUCCCUCGCCGACACAGUACCUCUCCCCCUACCUCCUCUUCCACCUCUCCCUCCCCUCCCUCCCCCUCCUUGUCCGGAUCCCCUUCCUCCCAUCCCUCUAUUCCUACCCCACCCACCUCCACUCCCCUUCUCGUCCUUAUUCCACCCCCCUCUCCCCCCACCACCCCCACCUGGACUUGCUCCAAGCCCUCCCAUAUUGUAAUUGCUCUUCCCUCCUCCCUGCCCCUCCCACGGCCUCUUCCUGCCAUCCGCGCCCCCUCCCCCACCCCACUGCCCCCUUCCUCUUCCUCCUACUCCUCCUCCUCCUCCUCCUCCUCCUCCUCCUCCUCCUCCUCCUCCUCCUCCUCCUCCUCCUCCUCCUCCUCCUCCUCCUCUGCCCCUAUCUCUUCCCCCCCCUGCUCCCUCUCCUCUGUUUUGCCCCCAUCCUCCUCUCCCCCCGCCGUCCCAUCCCUUGCCCGCCUGCUGCUGGUAAUCCGCCCCUCCAUCUUGCUGGUAACCCUGCUGCUGGAAACCCUGCUGCUGGUAACCCUGUUGCUGGUCACCCUGUUGCAGGCAACCCGAUCCAGAGAAGCUCUGAUCAUCCGCGCCAGGCUGACCGCCCCAGGACGCAGGGGGGAGGUGCAUGGGGGAGGCUGCACCCGCAGCGCGAGCAGGCGCGCCUGGGGGGGUCAUACCCGGGGGAGGUGUUGACUGGUACAGGGGCGCGGAGGGAGGAGUAGCCUGGCGCAUGGGCGCGGGCAGGGGGGAGAACGCCACCCCCAUUCCGCCACCAGGGGGGGGAUGGGGGAGGAUCGGCGCACUGUAUGGUCCCCCGCUUGGGGGACCUGUGGAAGGUGGGGGAGGGGCGUAGCCAGGCGGAGGGGUGUAACUGGGGGGUGGAGUAUAACUGGGGGGAGGGGUAUAGCCGGGGGGCGGAGUAUAGGCGGGUGGGGGAGGAGUGUAGCUAAGCGGAGUGGAGUGAUUGUUGGCGGAAGGAUAGCAGCCAGCGGAGCCAGCAGGGGAAGGAAGUGGGGAGGGCGGAAGAUGAGGGAAAGGCAGGCGCGGGGAGGGAGCGCGCAUGGAAGGCGGGCCCAAUCCCGGCCCUACACGUGGCUGCUGCUGAAAGGCUGCCAUAGGAUCGGUGUAGAACGAAAAUCCCCCCGAGCCUGCUCCUGCUCCUCCUGCGGGCCUUCUGGUAGAUCCGCCUUCCCCGGAUGGCGCCUGCGCGGAAGCAUGCGGAUAACCGGCGGGGGCGAAAUUGGGGGAGGGGAGCGCGGAGAGGGCGGCGGAAGGCAUACGCGCGGGGGAACCCGUCUGCUGCUUCGCCGCGGAUUCGCGCAUGUCCCGCAGGCGAGCUCGGCGCGCCUCUGCGUCCUCCAUCUACCCUAAGAGUGCGCCGUUUUAACCUGACAAUAUGUGGUUUUGAUGUUAUCGCGCAGGGAUGACGAGAACAGAAACUCGAGCACCGCGCCGCCAACGGUAAACUACGGGUGACGGACCGAUCUGGACGGCGAUGAGAAAGCGCACGGCGGGACGCACGGCUAAUGGGCCGUCGACUGUUCGCGAGCCGUCAGAACAGACGGUGCACUGACGGGGGUUACAACCUUUCACGGUAAGCGGCAAGCAAGCGGUCUUCUCGAUAAGUGCUAGAUGAAGGUAUAUGGACUAGUUGGGGGAAGAGAGUGGCCGACGACUCCUAACCGAAGCAGCCAUAGAAAUCUGUAGCUGCUGAAAAGCUGUACUCGAUAUGCCGAGCGUGCAUUUGUCGAUAUCUACACUGUGUGAAAGCAGAAUCAUUGCCCUUAAAUGAAAUUGUAUCACAAAU